UUACUACUUCUCGACGCGAAAGCAAUGGCAGAAACUCUGGCGGACGUGAUAGAGUAUCCCAAAUCCUAUGCCUUCUUCAUUGACAUGCCCGGAUUGAAGAGUGGAGACAUCAAGGUUCAGGUAGAGUAUGACAACGUGUCGGUGAUCAGUGGCGAGAGAAAGAGGGAGGAGAAGAAAGAAGGUGCCGUGUUUGUGAGGAUGAAGAGGAGGAUCGGCAAGUUCAUGAGGAAGUUUGUGCUGCCUGAGACUGCUAACACUGACGCUAUCUCUGCGGUUUGUCAGGAUGGAGCGGUGACUGUAACCGUUGGGAAAUUACCUCCUCCGGAGCCUAAGAAGACGAAGACCAUUGAGGUGAAGAUCGCUUGACGGUAGUAUUCACAGAUAUGACCUAUCGCUAAGAGGCGCUCUGUUUUGACUCAUAGUCUGUUGCUAUCCCCAAACUCCUGACAAAAAAUACAGAAGGUAAUGGGGAAGACACAGGGAAGUAAAACAGUAGACCAUCGGUCUU